ACGGAAUUCCCAACUCUGCUCCAGAAGCGAAGGGGAAGGCGAAGAAAUAAAACUCCUUAAUAAUUCUGCGGAUACCAUAAUAUUACCUAUAACUACUAUACACCAUGCCUGUCGUAUCAGCAGCUCGCUACGGAAAGGACAAUGUCCGCGUGUACAAGGUCCACAAAGACGAGGCGUCGGGCACGCACACGGUGACGGAAAUGACCGUAUGCUGUCUCCUCGAGGGAGCGAUUGAGACGUCGUACACGGUGGCGGACAACAGCGUCGUCGUGGCCACGGACUCCAUCAAAAACACUAUAUACAUCAAAGCCAAGGAACACCCGGUAAACCCUCCGGAGCUGUAUGCUAGUAUUCUAGGCCAGCAUUUCCUAGACACAUAUGCCCACAUCAGCGCCGCCAACGUCAACAUCGUCGUCAAACGAUGGACUCGCAUGGUCAUCGACGGAAAGGAGCACCCCCACAGCUUUUACCGCGACGGCGAGGAGACUCGCAACGUGGAAGCCCGCAUUACCUGCCAGGGAAUUGAAAUCACAAGCGGUAUUGCCGGAUUACUUGUGCUGAAAAGCACGGGAUCGGCUUUCCACGGAUUUGUCCGAGAUGAAUACACGACUCUCCAGGAAACCUGGGACCGUAUUCUGUCGACGGACGUCGACGCCAAUUGGAAGUGGAAUACCUUACCAAACGUGGCGGCGGUAGAGAAGCAGGUGGCCCAGUUCGACAAGGCCUGGGAAGACGCUCGCAAGAUUACGAUGAAGACGUUUGCGGAAGAGAGCAGUCCUUCGGUCCAGAACACGAUGUACAAGAUGUCGGAGCAGAUCCUCGAUGCUGCGCCGGAAACUCAGUCGGUCACUUACGCACUACCUAACAAGCAUUACUUUGAAGUCGAUUUAUCAUGGCACAAAGGUCUCAAAAACACUGGCAAGGAUGCCGAAGUGUAUGCUCCCCAGACCAACCCCAACGGUCUUAUCAAGGUCGAGGUCUCGCGAUCAUAGGCGUCAUUCUCAUGUAUCUUGUAUCAUGUCUCCGGCGUUCGAGUGAGCCUAUCCUUGACUUUUUGAAAUUGGAAUUUGUAGGGAAGCGGCUUUUAGUCGGGUUCCCAAUGACUGCAUUAUCAUCAUAGGACGGGCUAUUUCCCCAAUAAUAGUAGCUAUAUACCACUUAAAAAUAAGAAAAGC